AUGUCUUCAGCAGCGAACAAGCACCACUCCGAGGCGGCCCACGCGCCAGUGAUGCUUCAGGGGUUCGAGUGGAACACGCCAGCUGGAGGUAAUCACUGGCAAUGGUUGAGGGACAAUGCUGCGCGAUUUGCCGCCAUGGGUAUCACUGCGAUCUGGAUUCCACCUGCCACCAAGGGAGGUAACCAGGAUGGCACAGGGUACGACAUUUACGAUAUGUGGGACCUGGGAGAGUUCGAAAGGAAGCCGGGAGAAGGAGACGGGACGAGAACAAAGUAUGGUACCAGACAACAGCUCGAGGAGUGCAUUGGCGCGCUCAGGCAGCACCACAUUGUCGUGUACAUGGAUUUGGUGUGGAAUCACAAAGAUGGAGCCGAUGGGACAGAGAAUUUCAAAGCUAUCAAGGUGGACUCCGAGAAUCGUUCCAAGGAUAUCUCUGAGCCGAUAGAAAUCGAGGGAUGGACCAGCUUCACAUUUCCUGGUCGUCAAGCGAAGCACAGCGGAUUUCAAUGGAGCUUCAACCACUUUACGGGGGUAGACUAUGACAACAAGUCUGGAGACAAGAGCAUCUACAGGAUCGUGGGCGAAGGAAAAGAUUGGGCGGAUGAUGUAGAUGAGGAAAAGGGUGGAUUCGACUUUUUGCUAGGGGCGGAUAUCGAUCAUGCUCAUCCAGAUGUGCGGGAAGAAUUCACGAGGUAUGCCAAGUGGCUCGUCAGAACAUUUCCAAUUGCCGGAAUGCGCUUCGACGCCGUAAAGGUGAGGAGGAGGCAUGCAGUUGCGCGCGCGCCGCAGACCCUGCUCACCCCUCUGCGUCCGACAUGUCAGCACUUCUCCCGCGCCUUUUUGGCAUCCAUGGUCAAAGUCAUGCGCGAAGAAGCUCGACAGAUCAGGAAAGAAGCUGGCAAGGAGCCCUUUGACGAGACAGAUGGGCCAUGUCUCUUUGCAGUCGGCGAGCUCUGGAAAGACUCUAUCGAGACGAUUGUGCAUUACGUGACAAAUUUUGAAGGAGAGCAGAUGAGUUUGUUUGAUGCGCCUCUUCACUACAAUUUCAAGGAGGCUGGCGAUACAGCGGAGAACUUUGAUUUGAGGAAAAUUCUGGAUGGCACGAUGAUGCAAAAAAGACCCAUCGAUGCUGUCACCCUCGUCGAGAAUCAUGGUGCGUCUCAAUGAGUUGCGAGACACGCCUGGCCGCGCACGCUAAAGCUUCUAACUCUCUAUGACUACAGAUACGCAACCCGGUCAAUCGCUGGCGUCGCCAAUUUCUGCUAUAUUCAAGCCUUUGGCGUAUGCUCUAAUUCUUCUUCGCGCCGAAGGAUAUCCCUGCGUAUUCCUUGGCGAUCUGGACGGCUGCCACGCCGAAGGAGAUUCUCAACCUUCUGUGCCCAAGAUGAACGAUCUGGACAAGUUUAUCAAGGCGAGAAAGUACUUUGGCGCUGGUGAACAGAGGGAGUACUGGGAUCAUCCCAAUUGUAUCGGAUGGGUCAGAACGGGGGCGGACGAGAAUGGUGGAUGUGCUGUGGUCCUGUGCAAUGGAAGUGGAGAUGGAGGUAAGAGGAUGGAAAUUGGCAAGGUGCGCUUUUGAGUCUCUAUUGCUGCCCUGCUGCAGCGCUGCGUUGACCGCCCAUCCAUUUUGGCGUGAUGCAGGACCACGCAGGAGAGAAGUGGGUAGACGUGGUUGGUUGGAGGAAGGGCGAAGUUACCAUCGGAGACGACGGCUGGGCAGGUAAGUGCUUCUUCGGCUUUGCGGUCAGCGGCAGAUCCUGACACUUAUCUCCUUGCCGUUCCGGUGCAGACUUCCACUGCCACCCACGAAGCGCUGCCAUCUGGGCUCGCAAAGAUGCAGACGCUAUCAAGGAAUUCGCGUGA